CGCGCCGGGCGGACGCCACAACUCCCGACGUGCCCCGCGCCAAGCCGGCGGCGGGGCGGAUGGUGCCGCAACGAUGCUGGUGGCGGCGGCCGCAGAGCGAAACAAGGAGCCCAUCCUGAGCGUGCUGCGGCAGUACGUGGACCCGGCCCAGCGCGGCGUCCGUGUGCUCGAGGUGGCCUCGGGCUCCGGCCAGCACGCGGCCCACUUCGCGCAGGCCUUCCCCCACGCCGAGUGGCAGCCGUCCGACGUGGACCAGCGCUGCCUGGACAGCAUCCUGGCCACCACUCAAGCCCAGGGGUUGUCGAACGUGAAGGCCCCGCUGUACCUAGACGUGACCUGGCAUUGGGAGCAGUGGGGCGGGAUCCUGCCGCAGUCGCUGGACCUGCUGCUCUGCAUCAACAUGAUGCACAUCAGUCCCUUGAAGUGCACGGAGGGGCUUUUCAGAGCAGCGGGACACCUGCUCAAACCCAAGGCUCUGCUCAUCACCUAUGGACCCUAUGCUGUCGAAGGGAAGAUCUCUCCCCAGAGCAACGUGGACUUUGACCUAACCCUCAGAUGCAGGUCAGAGGAACCCAGAGUGGGGGCUUCGGGACACAGCUUUCCUGGGGGACCUGGGCCAGGCCAGUGGUCUGCUCCUGGAGAGGAUGGUGGACAUGCCUGCUAACAACAAGUGCUUGAUUUUCCGGAAAAAGUAACCCUUCUCCUUCAUCCUGAAUGCCUGCAUCCCAGCCAAAGGCUCUGCCGGGCACAAACCCAGACCACCAGCCCCUGGGCCAGGCCUUAGGGACAACCAGCCCCACCCAGUCAGGGCUCUUGCUGCAGCCGAUGGGCUGCCCAGGCCCAGCCUGCCUCAGA